AUGCCUAGAAAGAGGGCACGUUUGACCACUAGUGAUCUUGAUGAGGAAAAGAGAAAAAAAAUGCUAAAUGAAAAAUUAGCAUCACUGUGUAAGAAAGCACACGAGCUGUCUAUUCUGUGUGAUGUAAAAGUUGGAAUAAUUUGUUCUAUUCCAGAAAAAACCGAUGUUUUUACUUGGCCAUCUUUAAUAGAGGCUCAGAACAUAGUAAAUGAUUAUUUAGCUUUUCCAGAACACAAGUUAGUUACACAUAACGACUACCUUAAACCUAUAGUGAAAAAUCGAGAAAAAUAUAUCAGGAAAUUAGAGGAAAUUACUGAGGAAAAGGAAAUGAAGAACCUCUUCAAUGAACUUUUUGAGGGAAAAGAACUCUUCAAUGUUAGAGAAAUAAAGGGUUUGUUGAAGUUAAUUGCUACUAAGAGGGUUCAACUUGAACAAAGGAAGAUACAACUUAAUGAAGUUGUUGCUAAUGACAACAAUGUUGGACAUCCUUAG